AUGUGUUUGCCACAGCCACCGGCGUUGUCCUCCCCGAUGGAAGUCCAUGGGACAUGCCGAGGCGGUGCACCAGUAAGCGGAAGCCGCUUCCGAAUCGAGCCAGGAGCUGGCAGUGUGCCAGAGACUCUGAGAGGAAAGCCGAGGACAACAGUAGACAGUGACCGGAACAGCUCACCCGCAGAGCCGUAUCCUGCACCAAACAUUCUGGACACGCUGCUCGAUGGAAAGAUGCAGAUUGAUUCUGCAGACUACGGGCGUUUUUCUGCCGUUCCAGGAGCAAGGCCGGUGGCUCGCGCGAGUCAGGCUGAUCGUCAUGACGGCAAUGACGGCCACGAAGGGCCUUCACAGCCGAAGAGGACUGCUGCUUCUCAGAGGCCUGAGUGGGACAGCCUGUUUGACGAUCUCGACGAUGGUGAGUACAAGGCUGACCCAGUCGCGGAGGCAGAUCCUCAGUCGGAGAGCUGGAGGGCUGGCAGUGCUGUUGGUCCAGACUGGGACCACUUGUACAAGAGGCUUCCGGCGGCUGCUCGUGGCGACGGAGCGGAGACAAGGCUCGACGAUGACAAGCUUGACUAUGCUGCGCUCUUCAGUGGCGCGACGGAUCCCGAUGAUGAUGACUUGCCGGACUUGGUUGCAACGAGUGCCGCGAAUGACACAGAUCAACGGGCCGCAAGGCCUGAUCACUCAGGGAGCCGAAGCGGUGAGCUGUCCACAUCCGGUGCUGCACGUCAGGAAGCCAGAGACGACAAGCGCAGCAAUGCAGAGGAGAUCGAGGACGAGGAGGAACUCAACGUGGCACAGCGUCGCCUCGUUUUCGAUUUGGACUCCAGCCUGGUGGAUCUAGCAUGCCAUUGGCAAAAGUACGGUAUCCUGGGCCACUUCAACCUUUCUGGCCACGCUGACGAGGGAGUGGAGGCUUGGGGUGAGAAGCUGCUGCCAAAGGGGACGCUUAGUCUGGCAGACUUCCGUUCUCACGGAGUCGAGCUGGAUCUCAGCGACACCCAUGCUGUCUCGUCCGGUUUUCAAGAACUGGAGGAGUUCUCCAGCGCCGUGAAGCGCGAUGGUACUGUCACGACCCUGAGACUUUCCCGGGCCAAGAUCGGUAAUUCCGGAGCAAGCUGGAUCGCAGGUGCCCUGAUGCGGAACUUCACCCUUACAGAGCUGGUGCUGAGCAGCAACUCCAUCUCAGAUGAAGGGGUUGACCCUCUUGCUGCUGUUCUGGACAGCAACAACACGCUCAAGAAAAUCGAUCUGUCCGACAACCGCGUGGGGUCAAGGGGCGCGCAGCAGCUUGCCUCGGCCAGCUCCAGGAGUAGAUCCUUGACUGAUCUCGAUCUGAGCCGAAACAGCAUUGGAGACCAGGGCGCCGAGGAGUUUCUUUCGGUGUUGGACGUGGCGGUGCGGCCGCGACCGGCAGCCUUGCGGAUUUUGGACUUCUCCGGGAACUCGAUAACCAGGCGCACCGAGGAAAGGCUUCUUUCUGCCUUUCACCGGGGAAUCACGGUUCUGGAUUCGCUGCGACUGUCGGACUCCGACAAGGCGCAGGCGCCGUCGGCUGAUGCGGGCAAACCACCCCGGUUUACAGUCAUAUGCACACAGCAGGGUAUCGAGAUCCGUGCCGGCAGAGCUGGGCCACGAGCACAGGUCAGCUGGGAGCAAGAUCAAGGCGACGUCGAAGUCGUCCUUAAGCGGCCUGAGAUGAGAAAAUGCGACGCGGCGGUGGUGGAUGUUGCAUUUGGUUAUCGGAGAUUGAAGGUCACCGUACGGGCAGAGCUCAUUUGCGAUAUUGAGCUCUUCGCGCGUAUUCGGCCAGAGGAUUGUGCAUGGACUGUCGGCGAUGGCUACCUGCAGAUAGUGUUGGCCAAGGCGGAAAUUGGACGCUGGCAGUCUCUGACGGCUUGA